AUGAUCAAGCGGAUGGACGAAGAAGCUCGACUGAAGGAGCUGGACUACACAGCACUGAAGACGCUACAGUUCGUAGCAGGACUUCAGGAUCCGUCGCUUUGUGAAGUUCGUCUCAGAAUGCUCCGUCGACUGGAUACACACACAGAAGAAUCGCCGUUGACGAUAGAACACCUCGUUGCUGAAUGUGAGAACUUCACCGCAUUGAAGAUGGACAACACAGACAUGGAAGGAAGUCAUGAUAUCCAUGUCGUGCAGAAAAAGAAUGUGAAGUGCUUCAAUUGUGGAAGACCGCACUACAGAAGCACAUGUCCGCUUCUCUCCUCCAGCACUGGACAGAAGAUGGGACAGAAACCAAGAAGACGAUCCAACCGUCGCAGGAAAGGCCAGUGUAAGAACGUUGUCACCUUCGCCGCUGAGAACGCUCGAACCUACCUCGAUGUCAAUAUCAGGGGACGUUCUCUACGCUUCCAGCUCGACACAGGCGCAGAUAUCACGGACAACGCAGUACCUGUUUUCAAGGAGAAGCGACCAGUACCCUAUGCCUCCAUGCCGGAUUUGGAUGCUGAAAUUGAUCGGCUGGUGGCCGAACAAGUGAUAUCCCCAGUAGAGCACUCAGAGUGGGCCACGCCUAUGGUUGUAGUCAAGAAGAAAAGUGGGCAAAUCCGCUUGUGCGGAGACUUCUCGACAGGAUUGAACGAUGCGCUGCAGUUGCACCAACACCCGUUGCCCACGGCGAAGGACGUGUUUACGAAGCUGAAUGGAGGACGGCUUGUCACGCAAAUCGAUUUUGCAGAAGCAUAUCUGCAGGUGGAAGUUGAAGAAGAAUCGAAGGAAAUGCUGACGAUUAAUACGCAAAGAGGACUGUACCGCUACAAUCGUCUACCCUUCGGCGUGAAGUCAGCACCUGGCAUAUUCCAGCAGAUCAUGGAUUCAAUGAUAUGUGGACUGGAAGGCGUUGCUGCCUAUCUGGAUGACGUGAUAGUCACAGGCCGCACACAACAGGAGCAUCGCCAUAACUUGGAAGCGCUAUUCGGAAGGAUCCAGGAAUACGGCUUACGCGUCCGAUUGGAAAAGUGUAACUUUUUGAUGCCUCAGAUCCGUUAUCUCGGAUGCAUCAUAGAUAAGGACGGACGCCAUCCUGACCUAGAAAAGAUUGAGGUCAUCCGCCAGAUGCCAGUACCCCAGAACGUGGCAGAGUUACGCGCACCGCUGGAUGCUUUGUUGAAGAAGAACGUUCCGUUCAAAUGGAAUGAGGAAUGUGAAGCAGCCUUCAAUCGCGCCAAGGAAGUGCUUGCUUCAGACCUGCUCCUGACGCAUUUUGAUUCUAGUCUGGAUAUAAUUGUAGCGGCCGAUGCAUCAGACCAUGGAAUUGGAGCAGUGAUUCUGCACAGGAUGCCGGAUGGGACCGAGAAGGCAAUAUGGCAUGCAAGCCGAAGUCUCACCGCUGCAGAAAGGAACUACGGUCAGAUCGAGAAAGAGGGACUCGCCUUGAUAUUCGCUGUUCGGAAGUUCCACCGUUACAUAUAUGGACGUCGAUUCAAGCUCAUCACAGAUCAUAAGCCGUUGCUACACAUUUUCGGACCAAAGAAAAUGGUGCCCGUAUACACGGCAAAUCGACUGCAACGUUGGAAGUUGAUACUUCUCGGACAUGAAUUUGAUAUCGAAUAUCAGAAGACGACAGAGUUUGGACAAGCUGACGUCUUGUCACGCCUGAUCCCUCCAAGACCGGCUCAGACAGAAGAUGUUGUGAUAGACAGAAUUGAACAAGACAUUCUUGCUGUUCAGAGUACUCACCUGAAAGCACUGCCCGUGACCAGGAAAACUAUUGAAGAAGAGUCAAGGAAGGAUGAAAGGGUAUCACAGGUCAUAUGGAUGCUGCAGACAGGAACAUGGCCAAGGAAGCCUAAAGAACAAAUCAACAGCUUGAAGGCUCUGAGCCACGAAUUGUCAGUGCAGAACGGAUGCCUGUAUUUUGGCCACAGAAUCGUCGUGCCUGCCUCACUUCAAGAAGCAGUUUUGAAGCAACUGCAAGAAGGACAUCAAGGAAUGACAAGAAUGAAGAUGCUCGCCCGAGGAUAUUUGUACUGGACGAACAUCAACAGGGACAUCGAAGAAGCUGUACGCCACUUCCGCAACUGUCAAGAAGCUGCGAAGAUGCCAAAGAAGACAGUUCUCAAUUCUUGGACCUAUACGGGACCACUGAAUGGUAGGAUGUACCUUGUGGUAGUUGAUGCGUAUUCGAAGUGGCCAGAAGUCUUUGAGAUGUCGUCGUCGUCAACCACUGCAAUGUUGAGAGAACUCAGAAUGCUGUUCGCACGAUUCGGAAAUCCCAGGAUGAUCGUGUCAGACAACGGUACGCAGUUUACAGCGAAGGAGUUCCAGGAAUUCUGCGACAUGCAAGGAAUUGAGCACGUUUGCUCGCCGCCGUUCCAUCAACAGUCAAACGGUCAAGUAGAACUCUUUGUGGAUACCUUAAAAAGAACCCUUCAGAAGAUUAAGGAGCGAGGGACGUCGGAGAAACUUGCGGAAUUUUUGCAGCGCUGUAGAAGAACACCAUGUGCAUCAACGCCAGGACAUGUUUCUCCAGCAGAGCCACACAAUGGAAGAGAACAUCUGCUAUCGGCAACGAAAGAGGAAAGAGUCGUCUACGACGAUUGCGUACUCGAGGACUUUUUGUCCCAAGGUGACUGCUACAUCGAGGAGUACCCAAACGUGGACUACGAGAUGCUGCUCAGAGCAUUACGAACCUGUGCUGAGCGUGCCUCGAAGCAGCGCACGACAAACUUGGAUCGAAUUUCGAAGACCACCAAGGAAUUGUUGGAAAGAAGAAGGACUUUGAGGCUUCAUCCGAAUGCAUCGCACAUUGAGUGGUUAGUAGCAAACACUAGCUGCAGAAAAGCGCUGCAGGAGGAUCUUUUGAAAUACAGGCAGAAGAAGAUUCUGGAAGCAGCACAAAGAAGAACGAGUCUAAAGAAGUGCCGCAGGGAUCUCCGCGAAUAUAAUAUUCCGCUAGCAGCCUUGCUGAGCGAAGACGGGACUCGCACGUCUUCUCGUCGUGAGAUGGAAAUCAUUACGGAGUGGUUCUACUCAAACCUUUUUCGUUCAUCAACUCCUGUGUCAAGCCCGAUCAUCCCCAUUGGUGAAGCCCCACCACGGAUUCUCCCUUCGGAAGUACGAGUCGGUACCAAGAGCAUGAAACCUGGCACAGCUUCCGGGCCUAAUUUUAUAUCAGCAGACUCUCUUCGGGCUGGUGGCCAUCCACUUCAUGUAAUCUUAGCAGCGCACAUGACAUCCUACAUCGUACAUGGAAAGAAAAGACUCCAAACCAGUGGAAGACCUCGUGAACCGUUUUUAUCGUUUUUAUCUAUAAGAAAAGUGACCGAGAGGACCUUCGGAACUACCGUCCGAUAUGCUUGCUGA